AUGACAACGUGGAGGUACAGUAGGAUAACAAAAACGAACAACACGACAUCGGUUAUUACAGCAGUCGCUAGUAUUCAUAACACGCAUGCCACUUUCGGUAAUGCUGCAACAAAAAUUCAAGGUGCAUUUCGUAAUCAUCAAGCUCGAUUGAGAUUAAAAAAUGAAGCAGCAUGGAAAAUUCAUGAAAAACUUGAGUAUUCAAAUGAACAAACUGAGGCAAAACUUAGGGAUAUGUUUGAAAAAUUACUAAAAGCAUCCGAUAUACUUUCAGCAUCUGUUACGAAAUUACUUCAAAAAUCUGGAUUACCUCUUGAAGAAAAAGAACUUUUAAAAUUAACAAAUCCAGAUGAUAUUCAAGUUGAAGUUAAUUAUCGAGGACCACAUAUCGAAAGUUCAAUUAAGAGAAGUACAUUGGUUGAUUUAAUUGAAGCUUUUCAAAAAGGAGAAGUAAGCGAGACAAAAAGUAUUUAA